GAAACAGCUGGCAUAUCGGUAAAAGGUCACCGACCUACAGGUAAUCUCGGAAUCAGAAACGCCUACCAGAUAAUAGCCAGGUUUAAGGCUAUUUUCUGUAAAAAUAAAACGUUGAAUGGCAAUUGUUAGACCCCUGGUUGGUAGGGCAGCCGACUGGAGAGGAAUUUUGCGACGUUUUUCGACGGUUGAAGCGUUUGCAGCCAGCUUGAUGGCGAGUGGGGAGGGCGGAGCCAUGCCUGUGGUCGGCCACGACAAGCUCAAGAAGGAAUUCUACAUCAAAAUGGACAAAAACAGUACAGAGAAGGCCAUUUUGCAGUAUGACAUGUACAGGAAGGGUUAUGUGGACUUCUACCACACCUUAGUACCAGAGGCUUACAGGGGGAAAGGUCUGGCCAAACACUUAGCCAAGGCUGCCCUGGACUAUGCAGUGGAUGAAGACCUGAAGAUGAGACUAUCCUGUACUUAUCUACAGAAGUACGCUAAGGACAACCCACUUCCACAGUACCAGGAGAGAAUUGUUACCUCUUAAGCCACACCAAAUGAACUUUAAUGCUUAAAGUCAUUGUUUUAACAUCUAGAAUCAUUAAGUGUUGAACUGUAAUGAUGAAAAGGACAAUGUGUAAGUAGCAUUGUGUACUCUUUGUGAAUUUAACAGAAACUUAACAUUGCAAGUGUCAUAGCAGAUAAACAUUGUUCCGUGAUAGUUGUUUAUUUUGUAAUUGAACCCUGUUAUACCUCACAUUAUGAUGAAAUAAAUCUAAUAUUUUGGUCUUAUUUGGAUACUUCUUAUUACUAGUAUAUCAUCGGGCCGUAUUACUAGUAUUAUAUUGGAUAAUAGUGAACAAUGACCAAUUAUAAUCUACCCAGCCAGUUGAAACUGCAACAGCUUUGGAGUUCAAGCAUUCGAAAUCAACUUUGAUAUCUUAUGAGACAUAUACAUUACAAAGCAUCAGAGAUGGCUGACUUCACUCCAUUACCCAUACUGCUUUGCAACCACAGACAAGAUCUGCAGCACUGAGGAUGGAUGGCAAUGCUGCAUUGUGUAUAUUGGGAAUUUCAGAAACACAGACACACACACCGACACACACACACAAAACAAUACUUCCCUCUGAAGGAGUGAUUUAAAAGUGCAACAAGGUGGAUUCUGUAUUAGCCUUUAUUAAUUCACUGCUAGUUGAUGUUUGGAAAUAUUUCGGGUGCCGUCCUUUACAGUUACAUAGACACACACAUCUAGCAGCUAACAGUUAAGAAACUUACUUACUUUAAUACAUUUAUAUCUUUGCUACAAGCUUGUCCCUUGUAGCAAGCACAUAGUCAUCGCAUCUAAAAGCUGGGUGUACUUGACACAGUGUUUAGUGAAAGCCCUUUCACUAAAUACUGUAAAUGCAUUCAAGCUUGAGGGCAAGGGGGAAAGAGGAGUGUUUACUGUGUUGGUACUAGUUGUUACUAGUUUGCAGUGAGCACUCAGUGUGUUACUUAUGGAAAAUCUGUGUUCUUCAUGAUUUGUUGGAUGUGAAAACUGUGAACAUAAAAAUACAGCAACUAUUUCAAGAUUUACAGUACAUACUAUGCCUGCAAGGUCUGGAAAAGUGCAUCGCUGAAUCUCGGCCACAUUCAAAUACAAUUUUACAAGACAAAGCUGUUUAAUCAAUGAGGAAUUGGUAGUUCCAUGGGUCCUUGUUCCCAAGAUGCAAGAUACUGUUUCUCCUAUGGACACUGCCUGCUUUUUUCUUAAAUAGGGAACCGAUUUUCCUUGUUUUUUUCUUUGCC